CCAAGUCGUCGGGUGGCUGCGGGCACAAGGCGGAGAAGCGGCUGCCGGGACCCGAUGAGCUGUUCCGGAGCGUGACUCGCCCGGCCUUCCUCUACAAUCCGCUCAACAAGCAGAUAGACUGGGAGAGGCACGUAGUCAAGGCGCCGGAGGAGCCUCCAAAGGAAUUCAAAAUAUGGAAGUCAAACUAUGUGCCACCUCCAGAAACCUACACUACAGAGAAGAAGCCUCCACCUCCAGAACUGGAUAUGGCAAUAAAAUGGUCUAACAUAUAUGAGGACAAUGGUGAUGAUGCCCCACAGAAUGCUAAGAAAGCUAGACUUCUACCAGAAGGAGAGGAGACAUUGGAAUCUGAUGAUGAAAAAGAUGAGCAUACUUCUAAAAAGCGCAAGGUAGAACCAGGAGAACCAGCAAAGAAGAAGAAGUAGAAAACAACAAAUGACAGAAAUUUCUGGACUGCUAUACUGUUGAAAUGUUUGGGUGGAUUAAGGUGAUAUUGUGGAUUAUUAUGACACAUCAUCUCUGUGAAAGUACGUUAAUGAACUAAUAAGCGUUGCCUCAAGAACUUUCCACUGUAGAAUCCUUUUUUAAUUUAAAAUGUGUAUGUAUUUAAAACUCAAAUGGUGACUUGUGAUUGUGAAAUUGACACACUUGGAAGCAUUCUUGGUAUCACAGACUUCGUGACAUGCUUUGAGAAUUUCGUCACAUGUUAACAUGCCAGUGUUCAAGAACCUUUUAUAAAGGAAUAUUUUCAAAGUAAAUAUAUUGUAAUGUACUGUGAACUUGUAGGGUGCUUUGCAACAGUGUUUGUACAGUGUAAAUAGAUCAUGGAAAUAAAAUUACUUAUUCAAUAUUA